CAUUUGUAUUAAUGUAUUUGAUUUUCGCAGCGUGCUCGAUAUUGGCUCAUCAAUUUCGCCGAAUUUCACAUCAGAAUCAGAAUCUAGACUUAUGUUGAAAUGGUUUUCUUCUUUAAUUCUAAUGUCGUGUCACCGCCCUUAGAAAUAUUUAUGGGCGCCGAUAAAUACGAAAAUGAAGAACUUAUUAGAUGGGGAUGGCCGGAGGACGUUUGGUUCCAUGUUCAUAACUAUUCUUCAGCUCACGUUUAUUUGCGCUUGAGAAAUGGGCAAACAAUAGACGACAUUCCUUCAUCAGUAUUGGAAGAUGCCGCACAACUUUGUAAAGCCAACAGCAUUCAAGGUAACAAAAUUAACAACAUCGAUGUUGUUUACACAAUGUGGGAGAAUUUAAAAAAAACACAAGGUAUGGAACCCGGUCAAGUUGCUUAUCAUAAUGAUAACCUGGUAAGGAAAAUACGCAUCGAGAAGCGAGUUAAUGAAAUUGUCAAUCGUCUCAAUAAAACUAAAACUGAACACCAUCCUGAUUUCCGAGCGGAAAGAGAAGCCCGUGACGCUGAAGAGCGAGAAGAGAAGAAGCGUAUUUUGCGAAAACAAAAAGAAAAAAUGAAAGAGGAAGAGAAGAAGAAACUUGAAGAAGCAGAAUUAAGAAAUUACAAGAGUUUAUUGACAGCCGAAAAAAUGACAACAAACUACGAUGAUGGUAAUGAUUCCGAUGAUUUCAUGUAAUAUAAGGAUAUAUACAAAAUAAACACUUGAAAACACUUCAAUUUCAUUUUGCGUUCUGAA